GCCUCAACCCUCCUACUGGCUGCAGACCUCAGCUGGGCGCGGUAUGGGUGGGUAUAAAAGGUUCGGUAUAUAUUGAGAGGAGCAGAGAAAGAAGAGAGAGAAAGAGGCGUGAGCAGAAGAAGGGACAGAGAAAGUUAUCGGAGGGAAGGAGGGAGCAGGUCGGAGGGAGAGCUAGUGAGGGAGGAAGGGAGGGAGGCCAGGGAGGCGGGGGCCUCGAGGGGGUGGAAGGAGGGAGGAGAAAGGCGGGGCACGGAGGCCCGAUCGAGGACAAGACUCCAACCCUGACUUUUUUCGCGGCUCUCGGCCUCCAGCACAGCCAUGUCGCUCCUCCUGCUGGUAGUGUCUGCCCUUCACAUCCUCAUCCUCAUCCUGCUUUUUGUGGCCACUUUGGACAAGUCCUGGUGGACCCUCCCCGGGCAGGAGUCCCUGAAUCUCUGGUACGACUGCACAUGGAACAACGACACCAAAACGUGGGCCUGCAGUAACGUCAGCGAGAAUGGCUGGCUGAAGGCGGUGCAGGUCCUCAUGGUACUUUCUCUCAUCCUCUGCUGUCUGUCCUUCAUCCUCUUCAUGUUUCAGCUGUACACCAUGCGACGAGGAGGGCUCUUCUAUGCCACCGGCCUCUGCCAGCUUUGUACCAGCGUGACAGUGUUUUCGGGUGCCCUGAUCUAUGCCAUUCACGCCGAGGAGAUCCUGGACAAGCACCCGCGCGGAGGCAGCUUCGGCUACUGCUUCGCCCUGGCUUGGGUGGCCUUCCCCCUCGCCCUGGUCAGCGGCAUCAUCUACAUCCACUUGCGGAAGCGGGAGUGAGUCCCGCCCCGCCCUGCAGCCCCGCCAGGAAGCCCUCGCCUACCCUCCAGAAAAUAAAAGCGUUAAACCACGG